AUGCUUCUCUACAAGGAUAUUAUUAGCGACGACGAGAUGUUCUCUGACGCCUUCCCAGUAAAACUUGUCGAUGACAUUGUUUACGAAGUUGAUUGCGCUAUGAUCACCGUCAAGGAAGGCGAUGUUGAUAUCGGAGCAAACCCUUCCGCCGAGGAAGCAGGAGAAACUCUUGAUGACACAGCUCAGACCGUUAACAACGUCGUCCACUCUUUCCGACUUCAAAGUACCACCUUUGACAAAAAGUCGUAUCUCGCUUACCUCAAGGGGUAUAUGAAAGCGAUCAAAGCCCAGCUUCCGGCUGACCAGGUCGAAGCUUUUGAAAAGGGAGCUGCUGCAUACGCCAAAGUGAUUGUUGCCAAAUUCAAAGAUUAUGAAUUCUAUACCGGAGAGAACAUGAAUCCAGAGGGUAUGGUCGCUCUCCUCAACUACCGUGAGGAUCAAGUUACCCCCUACUUCACUUUCUGGAAGCACGGUCUCAAGGAGGUAAAACUGUAG